AUGUCUGAUGCCAACAAUCACACCAAGUGCCAGGGAGUAGAUCCAGGAUCAGGCUGCCUCGACAUAUUCCAGUUCAAGACGGAGCGGGGCUUGUGUGCGAAAUGCGACCUUGUGGAUGUCCAGUUCAAAGACCAGCCUGAAAAACAGAAGGAAUACCAGAACAUGCCGCAAUGCACUGGUUGUGGUUCGUGUAGCAAGAAUCUAAAGGGUGUUUACUGUGGUGCAUGCAAGCAAAAGAACGACACCGUAGCUAUGCCACCUCCGCUACCAAAGUCAACACAAGUGAUUAUGACAUCUUCGGCUCCAAUUCUCCACACGUCCCCGUCGUCUUCUAUUUUGCGGUCACCCUUGGAUCACGCUCUUGCUAUAGUUAACUCAGCCAAUAUCACGACACACUCUGGUGCUACACCCACCAGUAACUUUGGAUAUGUCAUGCAUGGUAUGAAAAAGAUACAGCAGGAGCGGGAGCAACAGUACGCCAAAAUCAAGGAGGCUAAAACCGGGAUUGGACGCCGAGUCAACUUGCAUUUAACCUUUCAUGGAGACAACAACGUCAAGCCAAUUCAUGCAAUUGGUCGUCUCGCGGACACACAUUCAGACCAACUUACUCUCAAAGAAGCAGUGAUGUUACACGUCAAGAAGGUCAACAAAAACAUCUGGGAAGAUGCAACGUCAGGGAGGUUGACAGGCGAUGACUUCUAUAUCCGGUUCCCCGGGAAUAAUGUUCUUAUGGGAUGCACCGAGUAUGACACUCUCGGUCGCGUUCAUGAUGUGACAUUGUCUCUCCCAACCAGACAGAUAAGUUGGUUCAAGCCGCCAACGGACUCUGGAAAGACGGCACGUACUACAAAUGGCAACAUUGUAGUUCUCAUUGUGUCGGUUAUUCUGAAGAUCUCAAAGGUUGAGGAAAGGGACGGUCGUCUUCCAGUUGAACUUGGAGGUACGCCUGUAAGUGGGAAGAGCAAAGGACGAGGCAAGAGAUCGGCGGAUGAUGACCUGGCAUCUAUGACAUCAACUGUGCGUCGACGAAUUGAUGCCCCUCUUCAAUCAACAUUCCGUCCCCGGGCACUUGUCUCGGCCACGGUUUCAGGGGGACAGGAUGGGGUCACUCAUGAUGAUUUUGAAUCAGUCAAACUGUUGUUGGCACAUGUAAAUGUGCUCGAAUCAGGUUGGGUGGACAUUAAGUGGGAGGCGGGUGAUACAAAGAAGGCAGAAAUUGCGACAGUCCCAUGUGCUCAUGGAACCUCAAAGCUGGUAUAUAAACUGAAGAUUGGUGGGGAACGAUUUGUAGCCAAGCGCUAUGCAAACAUACCAUCAGGAGGUUUUGCAUUGCGCUCUAAGCCAGUGACUAUAGCGGCACAGGCUCGACCUCUACAUAUGGUGACAAAUGCCGAAUAUCUGAAGAAUUUUAUGCAAACGCAUGAACAACGGGUGAAUCGUUCUCAGACGAUUUCAUUGGCCUCUGGCCUUACCAAGGAGGACUUCGCCAUCCAAGACAGCGUCUUUGACAAUGACCCACCAGAUAGCGAGGAUAUCGGGAAUGAUGGGAGCGAGACAGCUGGUCACCUGCUACUGGAAUGCUUGGGGCCAACCUGGCUUAUUGAGCAUGAGAGACCAACUCAGGUCAUGAAGUACAGUGGCACCCUUCAGCAAUCCAGCCGCCAAACUCUUCCUUUUAUGACGAUGUCUGCAUUUGCACAUUUCAGCCUGAUUUGGUCAAACGGAGAGCGGGUAUUUGCUGACCUUCAGUCCUCUCCUGGUGUCUUGGACAGUAUGCCAGUGCGCAUCCUCUUUGACGGAAUGGCUCACACAGAGAAAGGGAACGCCGGACCUGGUGACCAUGGAGAACAAGGCAUCAAGCAAUUCUCCAAGACGCAUAUCUGUAAUAAAAUCUGUGAUAGUCUCAGGAUUAAUGAAACUGAGGAUUCGGAGGACGAGGAAGACGAGGGCACCAAAGGACAGAAAAACCACAUCAUAUGA